AUGGACGCUGUUAAGAACACCAUUGCCGAGAACUUUGGCGGACCGGCCUCAAAGUUGGGGACUCACCAAUUCACCCUAGAGGAAUGUCCCGACUUGACCGGCAAGGUUGCCGUUGUUACUGGCGGUAGCGAAGGCAUUGGAUACGGUGUCACUUACACCCUUCUCAAAAAGAACAUUGCCAAGGUCUAUAUUCUUUCCAUCUCCAAGGAGGUCGUCGAUGGUGCCAAGGAUGCCAUUUCCAAAGACCUUGGCGCCGAAAAAGCAGGCCGCACAAAAUGGUUUGAGUGUGAUAUGGGAGAUUGGAAGCGUGUCAAGGAAAUUGCUGAGCAGAUCAAGAAUGAUGCAGACAGGCUUGACAUUGUGGUCAACAACGCUGGCAGGGGUAUCAUGACAUACCAGCUCACGGAUUACGGUGUUGACCGCCACAUGGCCGUUAAUCACAUGGGUCACGUCAUUCUCACCUCGCACUUGCUGCCGGUCAUCAAGAAGACGGCGGAGAAGGGCGACAUCGUGAGAAUUGCCAACCAGGCUAGCAAUGCGCAUCAAGCGGCACCUAGUGAUUGCAAAUUCGAGAGUCUUGAAGAACUCAACCAGGAUCUGGGUCCCAACGGACAAUACGGUCGCAGCAAGCUCGCGGGUAUUCUUUAUGCACGGUACUUCAACCGCAAGGUCACUCAGAAUGGACAUCCCAAUGUUUUGAUGAACGCGACGCACCCCGGUUUCGUGAGCACGAAGAUGAGUAAGGAGGAUAUCUUCGAGCCAUACCCUCUUGGGGGUUACGCUAUGGCCGUUGGCAUGGAGCCUUUCAAAAAGUCACAGUGGGAAGGUGCCGUUUCGAUGGUUUAUGCUGUCACGACGACCACGGAGUCGGGCCAAUAUAUCUGCCCACCCGCAGUUCCUGAGCCAGGAAGCAAGCUCGCACAAGAUGACGCACUUGCUGACCAGCUCAUGGAGUUGACACGCCAGAUCAUCACAGAGAAGACUAAGAGCCAGUCCGUUGAUGAGGGAUGCCCCAUGGACGAUCUAGUCCUGCAUUAA